AUGGGCCUUUCCGGGUCCUGUGGCUGGGCUGCCCGCGUCUCCCCAAGACGUGGACUCCAGGCACCGACCGCAAGGAAGGGCGAUGAGACUCCUGCUACGUUGCUCUCUCUCUCUCCCUCUCUCGCGCGUCAAGGCUCAGCCCUACAAACGCCUCAGCUCGCAAGGGCCUGUGAUUGGCGCGUGUCCGCGAAGGCAGUCAGCUGGCCAGCAUCUAAUCUCUCCGCAGAUGUCUAUCCCCCGUCGUCUGCCCCCCGGUUCGCAAGCUCGCACUGCUCGCACUCGCAGGAGGACGUGGACGGAGCCGACGGCGGAGGAGGCGGUGCAGCAGCAGCAGCAGCGACCAGGGGAUUCGUACCAAGCUGUGCUGUGCUGCGCUGUGCUUUACCCCCGUGCGCAUUCGCACAAUUCGCGGCCGUACUGUAUUCCCUUGUCUCGGCGCCGUAA